CGAGUAUAAAUUCACAGUGCCCGGUAAGCGACGUUGAGGAAUAUGGUCAAUAGAUUGUUAAAAUACGGAGUUAUUUUUUUCUUCCUGCCUUUUUAUUUUCUGGUUGUUGACGCUCCUUUACAGAACAUUCGAGCGCCUGGCAAUGAUCAUGACUCAACUAUAGAGCAGAACAGGGAUGGAGUGCCCCCGCAGUCCAUCCCUGGACUCGUCAUAAGUCCACGUCCCAAGUGCGUGGAUCCUCAGGACCAAGAUAGAUCUGUUGGACUGAAAGACGCCCAGAAAAACAUCAUAGCUAAGUUAGAACAGAAUACCAUUCUGCCAUGUCAAGUUUGCGUUAAGAACCAGGUGGAUCUGCAUGAGAUGAAGGGUGGAGAACUGAUUUUAAUUCAGAAGCAUGCAAUAACUGCUGAUGGUGGAAUAUCGGAGUGCUCUGUUGCCCAGAGAAAAGCAAACAGAGAAAUAGCCAACUUAAACCUCAUUGGCUUCUCCCUGAGAGCUGAUCCUCCAGAUUCCUUCCUUCGUUGCAUGGCUGAAGACUUGAGCAGCAUUCACCCACACAAACAACACCCAUCUUUUAAUAAGUGGAUGUAUCCACAGGACACAAAGAUGAAGCAUGUUAAUGGGUCUUUGAUUCUGAAGUCUUUGAUCAUUGAUAACUGUGGAAGAGACGAGUUUUGGAAGGCCGUCAACAACAUCACACUGAGUGUUGGUGUUCCUCCAGGUCAGACAGGAGGAGACACAGAGGACGGCUUCAGAGCAUCCUCUCCUCAACACAUCAGGAUUGAGCCUUUACAGAACACUCUUGCGGCUGACAAUGAUCAUGACUCGACUAUAGAGCAGAACAAAGAUGGACUGCGGGAUGUUGGGCUCAUCAUCCUGCACAAACAUCCACAUCUUGAGUGCGUGGAUCCUCAGGACCAAGAUCGAUCUGUUGGACUGAAAGACGCCCAGAAAAACAUCAUAGCUAAGUUAGAACAGAAUACCAGUCUGCCAUGUCAAGUUUGCGUUAAGAACCGGGUGGAUUUGCAGGACCAAGAGACGAAUGCUGGAGAUGUGGCUCUGAUCCUGAAAAACGUGACAAUUUAUGACACUGGAACAUAUAAGUGUCGUGUCUUAAGAGAGAAGAACACUAAGUCCAUCAGCAUCAUCUACCUUCAUGUUGAUCCUCCAGGUCAGACAGGAGGAGACACAGAGGACGGCUUCAGAGCAUCCUGUAACAGAGCAUCCUGUAAUGACAGCUUCUCUGAUGGGUUUUCUUCUGCCAUUUGAAAUUUUAUAUUAAGAACUAUUACAUGCAUGUAUCACCAUAAUUUUUAGUGUAGGAUUUAAAAUAAAGCAUUAGUUAUUACUGCUACAUAUAACAUAUAUUACACGCUCGCGCUCUCUCUCUCUCUCUCUGCCUCUCUCUCUCUCUGCCUCUCUCUCUCUCUGCAAUUGAUUACUGUGAAUCAGUGUGGUGUGUUUGCUUCCUGAUUAUAUAAAAAAAAAGGGAGAAAUAUACUUUCCUACAUAUACUAUUCUACAUGCUUUUAAACCUUUUAAAAUUACAAUUCAUAGUUUUAUAUGUGAAUUAUAUAAUGUUAAAUUACUAUUGGAUCACACAGCUCAAUUUAGUCAUGGUUAAUCCUCUCAAAUAUCUCAUCUAUACCACAACGGGAAAGAUCUUUUGAUUUUACCAUGGCAAGCAGACGAAUAGCAGGAAGUCUUGAUCUGUACUUAGGGCUGAUGUUACCUAAGGUGUAAUAAAUCAAUAACAGCUUGUUCUUAUUUGCCCGAGAUCCAAGAGGAUUGCAUAGUUCAAUUUCAUCUGUAUAUAAAAUCAACUGUAAUGCUGUAGGGACUUAGGGCUGGGCCAUAUUAUACCGUUC